CCUCACUCGCCCGCCCGCGCCCGGCGCAGCUCGGCCAGAGCGACCGCGGGGCUGAGCGCGCGUCCGCUCGGGGGGCUCCGGAAGCUGCCCCGGCCCGCGGCCCCCUCCCUCGCUCCCGCCUCCCCUUCCUAGCUCACCGCUGCCUUCCUUUCCCGGCUCCCGCGCCGUCCGCCCGCCCCGCAGCCCGAGGCUCCGCGCCCCCUGCAGCCACGAUGCCCGCGGCCCGGCCGCCAGCCGCGGGACUCGGCGGGAUCUCGCUGUUCCUCGCUCUGCUCCUGGGGAGUCCGGCGGCAGCGCUGGAGAGAGACGCUCUUCCCGAAGGUCCUUACCUCCUGCCCUCAGGAGCCCUGGAGAGAGGCAGUCCUGGCAAAGAGCACCCCGAAGAGAGACUGGUAACUGCGCCCCCCAGUUCCUCACAGUCCGGGGAAGUGCUGGGAGAGCUGGAGCUGGAUGGGACUGCACCCUCUGUACAUCACGACACCCCAGUCCUGUCACUGCUGCUUCCAGAGGAGGCCCGCCCCAAGCACACCUUGCCCCCCAAGAAGAAACUGCCUUCGCUCAAGCAGGUGAACUCCGCCAGGAAGCAGCUGAGGCCCAAGGCCACCUCCGCAGCCACUGUCCAAAGGGUGGGGUCCCAGCCAGCGUCCCAGGGCCUGGAUCUCCUCUCCUCCUCCACGGAGAAGCCUGGCCCACCAGGGGACCCGGACCCUAUCGUGGCCUCCGAGGAGGCAUCAGAAGUGCCCCUCUGGCUGGACCGAAAGGAGAGUGCAGUCCCCACAACACCCGCACCCCUGCAAAUCUCCCCCUUCACUUCGCAGCCCUAUGUGGCCCACACGCUCCCCCAGGGGUCAGAACCUGGGGAACCUGGGCCUGACAUGGCCCAGGAGGCGCCACAAGAGGACACCAGCCCCAUGGCCCUGAUGGACAAAGGUGAGAAUGAGCUGACUGGGUCAGCCUCAGAAGAGAGCCAGGAGACCACUACCUCCACCAUUAUCACCACCACGGUCAUCACCACCGAGCAGGCACCAGCUCUCUGCAGUGUGAGCUUCUCCAAUCCGGAGGGGUACAUUGACUCCAGCGACUACCCACCGCUGCCCCUCAACAACUUUCUGGAGUGCACAUACAACGUGACAGUCUACACUGGCUAUGGGGUGGAGCUCCAGGUGAAGAGUGUGAACCUGUCCGAGGGGGAACUGCUGUCCAUCCGCGGGGUGGAUGGCCCUACCCUGACUGUCCUGGCCAACCAGACACUCCUGGUGGAGGGGCAGGUAAUCCGAAGCCCCACCAACACCAUCUCCGUCUACUUCCGGACCUUCCAGGACGACGGCCUUGGAACCUUCCAGCUACACUACCAGGCCUUCAUGCUGAGCUGCAACUUUCCCCGCCGGCCUGACUCUGGGGAUGUCACGGUGAUGGACCUGCACUCAGGUGGGGUGGCCCACUUCCACUGCCACCUGGGCUAUGAGCUCCAGGGCGCUAAGAUGCUGACGUGCAUCAAUGCCUCCAAGCCGCACUGGAGCAGCCAGGAGCCCAUCUGCUCAGCUCCUUGUGGAGGGACAGUGCACAAUGCCACCAUCGGCCGCGUCCUCUCCCCAAGCUACCCUGGAAACACCAAUGGGAGCCAAUUCUGUGUCUGGACGAUUGAAGCUCCAGAGGGCCAGAAGCUGCACCUGCACUUUGAGAGGCUGUCGCUGCAUGACAAGGACAGGAUGACGGUUCACAGCGGGCAGACCAACAAGUCAGCUCUUCUCUACGACUCCCUUCAAACCGAAAGUGUCCCUUUUGAGGGCCUGCUGAGCGAGGGCGACACCAUCCGUAUCGAGUUCACGUCCGACCAGGCCCGAGCAGCCUCCACCUUCAACAUCCGAUUUGAGGCGUUUGAGAAAGGCCACUGCUACGAGCCCUACAUCCAGAAUGGGAACUUCACUACAUCCGACCCGACCUAUAACAUUGGGACUAUAGUGGAGUUCACUUGCGACCCCGGCCACUCCCUGGAGCAGGGCCCGGCCAUCAUCGAAUGCAUCAAUGUGCGGGACCCAUACUGGAAUGACACGGAGCCCCUCUGCAGAGCCAUGUGCGGUGGUGAGCUCUCUGCUGUGGCUGGGGUAGUAUUGUCCCCAAACUGGCCGGAGCCCUACGUGGAAGGUGAAGAUUGUAUCUGGAAGAUCCACGUGGGAGAAGAGAAACGGAUCUUCUUAGAUAUCCAGUUCCUGAAUCUGAGCAACAGUGACAUCUUGACCAUCUACGAUGGCGACGAGGUCAUGCCCCACAUCUUGGGGCAGUACCUUGGGAACAGUGGCCCCCAGAAGCUGUACUCCUCCACGCCAGACUUAACCAUCCAGUUCCAUUCGGACCCUGCUGGCCUCAUCUUUGGAAAGGGCCAGGGAUUCAUCAUGAACUACAUAGAGGUGUCAAGGAAUGACUCCUGCUCGGAUUUACCCGAGAUCCAGAAUGGCUGGAAAACCACUUCUCACACGGAGCUGGUGCGGGGAGCCAGAAUCACCUACCAGUGUGACCCCGGCUACGACAUCGUGGGCAGUGACACCCUCACCUGCCAGUGGGACCUCAGCUGGAGCAGCGACCCCCCAUUUUGUGAGAAAAUUAUGUAUUGCACCGACCCUGGAGAGGUGGAUCACUCGACCCGCUUAAUUUCGGAUCCUGUGCUGCUGGUGGGGACCACCAUCCAAUACACCUGCAACCCUGGUUUUGUGCUUGAAGGGAGUUCUCUUCUGACCUGCUACAGUCGCGAAACAGGGACUCCCAUCUGGACGUCUCGCCUGCCCCACUGCGUUUCGGAGGAGUCCCUGGCAUGUGACAACCCAGGGCUGCCUGAAAAUGGAUACCAAAUCCUGUACAAGCGACUCUACCUGCCAGGAGAGUCCCUCACUUUCAUGUGCUACGAAGGCUUUGAGCUCAUGGGCGAAGUGACCAUCCGCUGCAUCCUGGGACAGCCAUCCCACUGGAAUGGGCCCCUGCCCGUGUGUAAAGUUAAUCAAGACAGUUUUGAACAUGCUUUAGAAGUAGCAGAAGCGGCAGCAGAGACGUCGCUGGAAGGGGGGAACAUGGCCCUGGCUAUCUUCAUCCCGGUCCUCAUCAUCUCCUUACUGCUGGGAGGAGCCUACAUUUACAUCACAAGAUGUCGCUACUAUUCCAAUCUCCGCCUGCCUCUGAUGUACUCCCACCCCUACAGCCAGAUCACCGUGGAAACCGAGUUUGACAACCCCAUUUAUGAGACAGGGGAAACCAGAGAGUAUGAGGUUUCUAUCUAAAGAGAGCUACGCCUGAGAAGGGGACUUGUGAACUCAGUCACAAUCUCCUCGAGACAUUCAUCCAGAGACCAUGUGGCAUUUGAUUGAAACCCCAGAAUGUCGACUGUCUUUUCUUUAGACUCUUUAUUGAAGGUUUACUGUUUUCUUCCCUGUAUUUAUUAUAUUUAAAAGUGAAAUAGGUGUGGGUUUGGAUGUUUUGCGGCCUCAGCAAAAUUCAUGUUACAGCCUCAAUUCUGAAGGCAGGUGGAAGACUUGCAAAGUGGCAAAUUGCGGCAGCAAAAACACAAAACAACAGAUGGAGUUUCUCCCAUCAGCAAUGCCAUGCUAAGGCUGCAUCGAAUUGCAUGCAUCUUUGGGACCCAUGCCCAUGGUGUUUUCAGUACAAAUCUAAGUCCCAAGAUUAGGUUGGAAAGGGUAUUUCUUGUUGGCUUAGUUUGGGUUGGAAUUUAGCAUGGGUACUUAAACCCAUUUGGGGAACUGUGCUCCAAAACAAAUUCUGUGUCCUCCCUUCCCAUUCUACCAGCUUCCGAAAGGUUUUACCACAUCCCCUCCCUCUCACAGUUCUUCUGAAGGUAGCAAAGGUGUUACAUAAACAUUGUCUUUUACCACUCUGGCCUUGCUGGACAGUGACAAAACAAGAAAACGUUUUCUUUCUAAAAAGGUGACAAAGGACCAAAGGGAAUUUUUCAGAGAAAAUAUGAGAGAUUUGAGAGUUCCAGUGAAGAAUUGGGUGAGGGGGAUCGCUCGGUAAGGGAAGUGGGUUAAUAAAAUGUUCUGUUCUUUGACACUCUUUCAACGAUGAAAGAGCACGUAAUUUAUGCUACGAGUGCCACAAUCAAUCACCAUGUUCAGCAAGCCACUCUCAAGCUGUGAUAAUAAACACACAGGCUUAGGAGGCACCGGCGGCCCCACUCAUACAGUGACAAGGAUUUGUGAUGGGAAAAAGGAGGUGCUAUGUUUGGAAAUCCAGGGGUGAGCUCUGUUUUCUCCUGGGGUUCUGGAAUAUCUCUCAGCUCUCAAAAUAGAGGAGAGUCAAGUGCACUGAUUCUCUAAAAGGUGUCAUCUUCAGAAUAUACUUGCCAUCAAGUAUUUCAGGGGGCGGGAGGUCCUAUGAGAAGAAACUAUUUUUCUAUUCUCUGAAGCUGUCUGAAUGUUGGAGGGUGGUGUGAAUGCUGACUGAGGAGCUGCAGAGAACAGGGGCAGGAGAUUUUAAAUCACAGCAAACCGUCCAGUGGAAUCCUGUAUCGUCUGACCUGAGCAUCGAUGAAGACAGAGAGAGGAAAUUCAUCCAGAAAGGAUUCCAUAGCCCCACAUCUAAUCACACGGGCAUUCCUCCUAUUUUAUCAGGGUCUGUUUUCCCCCAACCCAGUGAAGCUGGUGCAUGUGUGACUCUUUGGAAAAUUCUUUUCUAAAUACAGGAAUAAAGAGAAGGUGGGGGGUGUGGGUGCAUGGAAGAAAUACUAUGUGUAAAGCAGACUCACCUCCCUGGGACCGGUGACGUGGUGGUGACAGUCAAUGGCUUGGACAGGCACACGGGCUCAGUGGCAUUUGGAACUCUCUUUGGUGCCCUCCCAUUCUCUCUGGAAUUGUUUCAAGUCUGCUGGUUUUCAAACAGGAAAAGAUCUUUCCAGCCGUAGGGAGAAUGGUGGGGAGUCUAUGUUUUGGUGGUUACAUUGAAAACAUCUUAAGCAAGAUAGGGAAAGCUGGUUUUAUGCACACUUGUACUCUCCUUGCCAGCUCAGACCUCAAUCUUGGGGUCUAAGACUAGAAUAUUUUCCUUCUGCCAGAAAAGAAUCUUGCAUAUAUACUCCUGAAGGCACGCAUGUGUGGUCCAUGGCAAGAAAUAGCUAAAGGCUGUUUUCCAGGACCCAAAGCCCCAUUUAAUGCAAGAACCAGAGAAGUGUUCCAGGCCAUUAGUGAACAAUGUCAUGUUUGGAGAAAGAUAACAACAAAAAUAAUGUAACCUUUCCUUAAAAGGCAGAACCCAAUCCAUUUUAUUGGAUGCUUAUUCUAACCCUAACCCUGGGUCACCUGGAAUGAAGAACUCUAUUAAUAAUAUUUGAUUUUAGAACAUAUUAUGGUUAUGUGUAAACUAAACAUUUUCCUUUAUAAAGACUGACAAAAUAUAAAUCUUUAUUCUAACCCUAUCCCCAAAACUAGCCAGGCCACACCCCAGGUGUUCUUAUUCGCUAUUGGAAAGAUAGAAAAGGCGUUGGGUUUUUUGUUUUUUUGUUGUUGUUGCUGUCAUUGUUGUUUUUUUCAGGAGACCAGUGUCUCAGUUCUGUCUUAGUAGUACCGCACCUGUAACCAUGUUUUAAAAGUUUGUUUUAGCCUAGAGACGGAUCAUACGAGUUCAACGAUGUACAGUGUGAUUGAAAAGACAGGUUGGUGUCUAUUUUUCUUUUUAAAAUAACUGAAUGUGUAUUUGUAAUACGUAAAGGUAAAAAAACAAUAGUGCCAAAAAUGUGCAAGGCAUCUCAUUACAGUUCAUAUACGUCUGUUUUUAUAAGAUCAAUAUUAAAACCCAUUGGGAUUAAAUAUUUUUGAAUAGGAUACACUCUUGAGAAACUCGAGAAUGGACUGAGCCUUCCUACAAGCCACUCUUUGUUUUUAAAACAGUGGGGAAAUACGUUUACAGAGAUUGUGAGCUUCAGAGAAUGCAUGUGAUGGCGUGUAUUACAUGCUAAUUCAUAUAAGCUGUAUCUGUCAGCUACCACCCUGUGCUUUAAAAAUGCACACACUCAACCCUCUUUAGCUUGGAGCUCAGCUUUUUGCUUUUUUUUUUUUUUUUUUUUUUUUUGUAGAAUUAUUUAGCUAACAUAAGUAUUCUGAUCGCUACCUGAUGACCAUUCUUAGUUAGUUUCAUAGACGUGCUUUAACUAUGAUCUUUUGAAGCGCACCCCUAGGAGAGCCUACAGAACCUCAGGCUGAUAGCUUUGAAAACUGCCAAAUAGCCCAGAAGGAAGCAAAGCAUCUGCAUAAUCAGGAGGGUUGUGUAAGAAGUAGUGAUUUGGCAAAUAUGUGGGUAGCUUUAGGCUGAGGCAUGGGCCUCAGGCAAAAAUGCCCUUUGAGUGAAUCCAAAGGGCAUGACCUUCCUAUGUCCUUGACUAGGCAUGAUGGGUCAUUUGAGGUCAGAUAUUAUUUGAGUUGUUCAGCACCCCCAAAGGUAGGCUUUCUCCUGGGAAACCUUCAUUUCCAUUUUAUCGCCAAACGGAAUAAAAAGCAAAGCAAACUUUCUAAGCUAGAAUAAUGAAAUUAAGUCAUUUUCCACUUUGUAUAUAUUGAUGCUAAUAAAACCGAUGAAAAAGA